GAAUAUAUGCAUUCAAAAAUAUAUAUAAAGAGCUGUUGAUAUUAUAAUAUCUUUUCGACUACUCUUGAACUUGAGGUAGCACACAGUAAAGAGAAUGCUAUCCUCCGUGUUAAGAUUAGUGUUAGUGCAUGUUUUAUUAAACGAGGUAUACGCCCAUAAUACGCGAGACAUCGAGGUGAUACUGCUACCGAUAUGGAACUCGAAUAAAGGUGCAUCGGAGAUUCCAUUAACUUUUGAAGUGUUCGGGCAAUUGAUUCAAUUAAGCCUACGUAGAAACGACAAAAUUGUAUCGCCCGAAUUUCAAAUAUGGAAACAUAAUACUAAAGGCAUUAUCGAAGAGUUGUUGCAAUUGAAUGCACCAGAAUCUUGCUAUUACCUUCACGAAGAUGACAUCGCUUCCGCGGCCAUAAGUUUCUGCCAAGAACAUGGAUUGCACGGGCUCAUCUUUCUGGAGAACGUUACGUUGGAGAUUACACCAUUACGAAACAGCCUGAAGUCCUCGCCCUUGCUCGUUGACGAUCGUUAUAUUAAUAAAAAAGAAGCCGUCUCUAUCGGCGAGCCUCAUGUAGUCAAACGAUCACUCAGUCUCCGAGUUCCAAGUCUCCAAGAGACUCAUCCAAAGCGAGCCAGACUCGCGAAAGAUGAGCGAUUGACGUUGGAGCUGGCCGUCUUCUUCGAUGAGGCGGCGUAUCGUCUGUUUUCGCCCUUUCUAGACGAGGACGACGAGAAGAUUCGCGACAUGUUGCUGGCGUACGUGAACGGCGUUCAAGCGUUGUACCGUCAUCCGAGUCUGGGAGUCCCGAUCGACAUCUCGCUGAUACGCCUGGACGUUAUUCAGAGACAGCCCUUCGAUUUGCCGCACUUCGGUGGCGAACGAGGAGGUCUCUUGGAUUCGUUUUGCCAUUACGCGAGCGCGCGGAAUCCCGCCGAGGAUGACGAUCCGCGUCAUUGGGACAUGGCUCUCUACGUGACCGGAUUGGAUCUUUACGCCCUCGAGGACGGGAAGAGGAACAGGGCCACCAUGGGAUUGGCCACCGUCGGUGGUCUUUGCAUUCCGCUCUAUUCCUGCGUGAUUGCGGAAUUGGGGGUCACCGAUCAGCUCGGGAAACCAUAUCCAUCCGCGGGAUUUACGUCGGUUUUCAUCGCUGCUCACGAAAUCGGUCAUAAUUUACUUGGGAUCAGAAAUGGCUUCAUAUUCGGUGAAGCUGACUCAUUUAAAAAAUUUUUUUUUCUUCCAGGAACUCACUGCGCACCCGGCAGGGAAUGUCGUGGCGGAGAAUGCAUGCCCGUUCUGGAACAAUCGUCCAACAGCGAAAAGGGUAGCUGGAGCGAGUGGAAGGAAGAUUCCUGCAGCAGUGGCUGCCUGGAACGGUCCAAAGGAGUUCGUGUUAGACGACGCUUUUGCGAAAAUCGGGAUCACAAGCCGGUAACGAGUUGCAAAGGGUCGUACUACAACGUACUUUUGUGCAACGACGAGAAGCUUUGCCGAAAGAAACGCAGAACAACCGUCAUCGAAUUUGCCACGCUGAAGUGCCGCCUCUUCAGCGAGAAACUGCCGGAACUGGACGGCUCGGCCAAGGGUUUGCAGGUCGAUCAUGAGGCUGAUUUACCCUGGAUAGCCUGCGCGAUAUUUUGCCGACGAAGAGACAUCGCCGCUUAUUACGCGCCGCGCGUAGAACUGAACGAUCUCGGCCUCGACCCCUAUCUACCCGAUGGCACGUGGUGCUACGCCGAGGGGGGCCGAGAUUACUUUUGCCGUCAGCAUCACUGUCUGCCGGAGCACUUUGUGUUCGGCAAAAAAGCGAGACCGAGGAUGGAUUAUUAUCAUCGGUACGAGGAGGAAUUGGGGCCGCAAAAUGCGGGAAAUCAGUUAGGAUUGAUCGACCGACUCGUCAAGUAUCUCAAGACACCAGGUCCGAAUGGUUUGCCCUUGUUGACUUCCGUGUCACGUGGCACUCCUCCGCCUAGCGAAGAUGAGUGGAUCGACAAGGAUUACAUCGAAUUACCCGCAUUCGAAGCGGGCUUUUCCAUGACUUCUUAAUUUCUUCUUCUUUCUUGAAUAUGUGAUUAUUCUAUUUCAAGAGAAGAGUUUCGCGAA